UGUCAGAAGCUUAUUCAAACUCCCCUUUACUAGCCAGUGAAAAGGCCUACUUGGUUGAGUAACUCCUUAAUUUGUUUAUGAAUAGACCAAACCUGACUGCUAGAGUAGGCAACCCCUCACUGUGUUUGAUAGCUAUUGUGUGUGUGCACUGCAUAGGGCAAUGCAAGCAAAUGCUCAGCAGACUGCAGAUAAGCAAGCAUAGGGUGCAGCAGCACCUUUCAGCAGCUCAUUGGCUGGGAAAGCCAGCACUUUGGUGCCACGCCUUUGAUAUUUGGAGUGGCAUGUAAGCCAGCAGUGGUUGGUUCACUGGUUGGAAUUCAAGGUCCAGACUACGGCCGUUUUUCUCCAUGGUUUAUCCACGUCUUUUGACGUUCCGUGUCUCCAUGUAUCGCCAAAGUUCUCCUCGUUUAGCUACGUCCUACGUCUUGUGACGUUCACGGCCUAUUCGACGUCUUACGACGUUCUACGAUUGCUACGUUAUCCACGGGAAAGUCCCGAGAUCUAGGUUAUCCGGUUUCUUCUAGUUUGGCAAGUUCAUCGCAUUCGCGAGUUCAUCCUCAUAUCGUCUUCCGUUCGGCACUGCUCAUCCAUUUGCGUCUGACACCGGGUGAUGAGUGAAGACUUGAGAAACUGAACUUUCCCCAUAAUAUAAAGUCGGUAUAUGUAUAGUAUAUACAUUGUUUUCAUAAACACACACAGAGUUUAUGCUCUUUCCUUUGAAUAGGAAUAGCAGGUCACAAUACUUAGUUUAUUUACAUUAUACUAAUUUGAAUUGAGACAGAUUGUUCCAAAACUUAUUGAUACUGGUUUAUUGAACUUUAUGUUUUGACAGCUUGUGAGCCUCGAUAAUGGCAAUAUUGAUAUAUAUAAUAAAUUCAUUUUGAUUGAAAGGUACAAUUUUAUCUUAUAGUUUAAUUCUUGGGUGGUCAAACAACCUGUUUAGACUAAUAAGUCAAGUUCACAUCAAACACAAUGUGACAAUUUGGGGGCUUGUCCGAGUUGUUUAGGCCAUAACAUACCCUGUUGGUUGAAUUAAUUGGUAUAGGAUUUGAUUGUUAGAUUUGUAUAAUGUACUGAUGAAGAUAAUCUAGGAUUUUCUGUUUGUUUUAUUGGUCAACAGACAUAAGAUUUAAUUGGUCGAUGACAUGACCUCUCGCAAAAUUUGUGAUAUGUACUUAUGAAAAAUUUUCUGUUCAAUUUUCAGAAUUUAGCCGAAAUCCUUCAAGUUCUUUGUGUCAGUGGGCCAAGGACCAUCCAGUGCACCAACACUCCUGCUAGCGACGAGCAUGCGCAGCAAGGUCAAGUGCGAGUAAAGGUUUAUUUUGGAUUGUCGGUGAGUUGCAAAAUUGAAUAUGUAUGAAAAUUGUGCCACACAAGUUAUCAAACACCCCUAUAAGAAAUAGUUGAUAUAGUAUAUAGUUACUCAAUAGUUUUUUGACUUAGGUAGUGGUAGUUUAAACCUUUAAACAUGAGUACUAAGUGGUUUGAGAUUGGCAAGGAAUUAGGUCUGUCAGGGCCUGAGCUUCUUUCAUUUGUAGGAGAAAGGGAACAAUUAGAGCGAGAGGAACGUAGGGCUAAUAGAGAAGUUAGGAAAGAGGAAGAAAAAAUUAUGGAGAUGAAACUUGAAUUGGCUCGUGUUCAAAGCCAGAGUAGGUCUGAUAGUAUGAUUGAUAAUGGUUAUGGAAACGGUCGUAGUUUGGUACCAACCCCGAAACUCCCUCAUUUUGUUGAAGGAAAAGAUAAUAUGGACGCAUAUCUCAAAAGGUUUGAGAAGUAUGCGGAAGUUCAGUCAUGGCCAAGAAGUAGUUGGGCCAUUAGUUUAAGUGCACUCUUGCAGGGUAAGGCACUCGAUGUGUAUUCAAGACUUCCAGCAGAUAAAGCUGAAGAUUAUGAUGCCCUCAAGGAAGCAUUGUUGUUAAGGUUUGAACUUACUUGUGACGAUUUUCGUCAAAAGUUCAGGUAUUCCAAUCCACAGUCUGGGGAGACCCCCACUCAAUUUGUUGUUAGGUUAGAACAUUAUUUGAGUCGUUGGAUUGAUCUGUCAGGUACGCAACGUACAUUCGAUGGUGUAGUAGAAAUGUUGCUCAAGCAACAACUGGUUGAGAGAGGUGGAACCUCUCUAGGUCUUUUUCUGAAGGAAAGGAAACCUAAGAAUAUUUCAGAGAUGACUAGUCUAGCAGACACGUAUGUAGAGGCCCAUAGUGGUCACUUUGGAAUUACCAGGAAAAAUAAGAACGAUAACAAGGGAAAGCCACAAGGUAGUAGGUACCCUCAGUCAGACAGUGAAGCUAAAACAAGUCCGGGGAACUUAAGAAAUUCACUUCCUGAACGGAAAAGAAUUGGUCCGUGUUUCAUCUGUAACAAGAUGGGGCAUUUAGCAGCUAAAUGUAACACUAAAUUACAAGGUGCAAGUCUAAUUUGUAGUACUGAUCAUUCAAAAAGUAGUAGCCAAAAUCAGAAAAGAGAAUCAACUCAGUAUGAAACAAAUAGUAAAGUGUCAGUUGAUAGUAGGUCAGAUUCUUGUGCAACUUGUUCGCUUGUUAGUCCAGAUAUGGAAGGAGGUGAGACACUUGGACUUUUGUUAAUGUCUUUAGUUAGUGAGAAAGAUAAGUCAGAGAUAGUUAAUAGAGAUACCUUACAAAAAUCACCGAUGAUGUGUGCUGCAUGUCAGCGUCGUUGGCGUGGUAAGUUGACUGUUGUUGAAGGUAGGAUUGGAUCACACAAGGUUGAUGUUCUUUAUGAUUCAGGAUGUUCCGGUGUUGCGGUUAAGAAAAGUCUUGUGAGGUCAGAUCAAUUUACUGGUAAAUAUAGACAAUGUGUUUUGAUAGAUCAGACUCUGCGUAGGUUUCCUACUGCUAAUGUUCAUAUUAGCUCACCUUUGUUUGUAGGUACAAUAGAAGCACUGUGUAUAGAGACACCAGUUUUUGAUGUUAUAAUAGGGGACAUUGAAGGUGUCCGUUCCGUGAGUAAUCCCCAUCCAGAUUGGAAAAUGGUAGUUCAGGGUGACGAUAUUACUCAAGGUCAUGUAAGGAAUGUAGAUUCCAAUGGUAACUCUAAUUCUGAGGAUGAGAUAGUUGAAGUUCAUGAUGAUGAUAUUACUCAAGGUCAUGUUAGGAAUGUAGAUUCCAAUGGUAACUCUAAUUCUGAGGAUGAGAUAGUUGAAGUUAAUUGUGAUGAUGGUACUAAUGUAGGCCUAGCUGUGCAGACAAGGUCUCAGAGUCGAGAAGCUCGACGCCCCCAGCGGCCCUUGAAAGUUCCAUCUCAAAUCCCAGAUGUUUCUCCUGAAGAAAUUAGAAGAGAAACUGCAAAGGAUCCUAGUUUGAAGAGAGUGAGAGAACUCGCUCAAGUUAGUUUGUCAGAUGAUGAUAGGAAGAACACUUAUUUCGUAGUAGAUGAUGGACUGUUGUACAGAAUGUUUCAUCCUAAGAAUGAGAGAGGUAAUUCUGUGAAACAAUUGGUAGUCCCUCAGGUCUUUAGGAAAGUUGUGUUGUCACUUGCUCAUGAAGGAAUAAUGAGUGGGCAUCAAGGCAUAGGCAAAACCACUGAGAAGAUUUUAACUUGUUUCUUCUGGCCCGGCAUUCAUGCCGAUGUUACUCGUUUCUGUCGCUCUUGUGACAUUUGUCAGCGGACAGUACCAAAGGGAAGAGUUCCCAAAGUGCCACUUGGCAAAAUGCCCGUAAUAGAUAUUCCAUUUCUCAGAGUGGCUAUUGAUAUAGUAGGCCCUAUCCAUCCAAUGACUACAAAGAAGAACAGGUAUAUCCUGACCAUUGUUGAUUAUGCGUCUCGCUAUCCAGAGGCAGUCGCAUUGCCAAAUAUCGAAACAACCACUGUAGCUGAGGCUAUGGUUGAAGUGUUUUGUAGGGUAGGAGUUCCUCAGGAAAUCCUUACCGAUCGUGGUAGUCAGUUCACGUCUGACAUGAUGAAGGAGGUGAGUAGGUUGUUGUCAAUAAAACAAUUGACCACAACACCCUACCACCCCUCUUGUAAUGGUUUGGUUGAGCGUUUCAACCAGACCCUAAAGCAAAUCUUGAAAAGAGUUUGUGCGGAUCGACCCAAUGAUUGGGACAGGUACAUAGGACCAGUGUUGUUUGCAUAUAGAUCAGCCCCUCAGGCAUCCCUUAGGUAUUCCCCUUUCGAAUUGAUCUAUGGUAGGCAGGUUAGAGGUCCCCUAGAUAUACUCAAGGACUUAUGGAGUGAUGAAACUCAUGAUCCCGAGUUGAAGACUACUUAUCAAUAUGUAGUCGAUCUUAAAGAGAGAUUGAAGAGUACUCUAGAAGCUGCUCAUGAUGAGCUUCGUAAGGCAACGUCUAGAAGUGAAAGGCACUACAAUGUUAGGAGUAGGCAGCGUAAAUUUGACCCUGGAGAUAAGGUACUUAUCCUCCUCCCCACUGAUCAUAAUAAGUUGCUCCUCCAGUGGAAAGGUCCAUUUAAGGUUGUACACAAACUUGGCGAUAAUGAUUAUCGUCUUGAUGUUAAUGGAAACCACAAGACAUUCCAUGCAAACCUUUUGAGGAGAUAUAUUGAUAGGUUUGACAAAACAAAGGCAAAUUCAGAUAGUAGUAGUAGUAAUAAUCCAGAUCCCAAUGUUACUGUUGCUGGGUUGUUGGAUGUGAUUGCCCAGGCCACGAUCGUCGACCAUGAAGAGAAAGACGACGAGGACAAUCCAUCUCCAACAUCAAACCCAAUUACUAUACAAGUUCCAAGAUUGGAAGCGAAAGAGACUGUUGAAGAUGUAAAGUUAGGACCUAACUUAGAAACUAGUCAGCAGCGUCAGUUGAAGAGGAUACUUGGUAGUUAUAGAGAUGUACUGACUGAUUUACCUGGUAAGACUCGAUUAGGUGAACAUUCGAUUCGGCUAACGUCUGACGACCCCGUCCGACAGAAGCCAUAUCCAGUUCCUCAUGCCCUCCGUGGCGUAAUUGAUAAUGAAGUUGAGAAGAUGAUUGAGAUGGAGGUAGUAGAAAAGUCUAAUUCUCCAUAUUCAUCCCCAAUUGUUAUUGUCAAGAAGUCAGAUGGGAGUAAUCGCUUUUGCAUAGACUUUAGGCGGUUAAACCGCGUGACUGUUUUGAUGCUGAGCCCCUUCCGAAUACAGAAGAAAUAUUUUCUAGUUUGUCAGGGUCCCGCUUCUUUUCGAAGCUAGACGACAUCUUGAUCCACACCCCUACAUGGGAAGAGCAUCUUGUUAUUCUACAAGAAUUGCUGAGAAGACUGCGAGCAGCAGGACUGACUGCUCGGCCCAGUAAAUGUCAACUGGGUUGUCAACAAGUAGAGUUUAAUGUAAUUUAAUAUUUUACUAGCUAAAGUGAGCUAGUGUUUUUUUUUUUAUCUUGAUCUAAAGUUUUGUGUUU